CAAGCGAAAGUACAUGUACUCAAUAUUGUUGUAUGCUUUACUGCGUUCCGGAAAACUGACCACGGCGGAAGACUGAAACCGCCACACCUGGACGCGACUAGAAAAGAAGGGGGGAAAAAAACCCGACUAAAGCAGUGAUAAGCGUGAGUUUGACUGCACGAAGAGAACGGACCUCUUGCAACAGUUUUUUUCAGGAAAAGUUUCUCCAUUCGUUCGGAGGUGAGGCACAUUCGAACCCUUUCUUUGCAGAGUUUCAUGAUGGAUAUCCUGAGAGGCAUUGAACAGUCGUCGGUUACCACGAAGCUAGUUAUUGCAGUGGUUGUCUUGUUUUUGGUAUACGAUUGGUGGUGUCAUCAGUAUUUUCAGCGUCGUGGCAUACGUGUCGGGUCCUACCUACCAGUGAUAGGCAGCCUACAUCAGAUACGAAAAGGUUUUGGAUGCAGGUUUCCUGAGUAUACUACGAAGUACGGGAGGGUGUUUGGGUGGUACAUGUUUCGAAAGACUAUGCUUGUCGUAACGGAUGCUGACAUCAUCAAGCAGAUUGUGGUCAAAAAUUUCUCCAGUUUUACCAACCGUAAGGCGAGUUCUCCGGAACCCGGAAUCUUUAACAAGCACUUAAUAAAUUUGCAAGAUGAAGAGUGGAAGGAAGUUAGAUCGGUCGUCACACCGGCAUUCAGCGCCGUCAAAAUGAGAACGAUGUCCUUUAUGAUCAAUGAAUGUUGUGACACUAUGCUGAAUAAUAUCGACAUGGCAGCAGUGAAGGAAGGAAGUAACAUCAACUGCAAAGAUUUGUACGGCGGUUUAACUAUGGACACGGUAGCGUGGUGUUGUUUCGGGCUGAAAAUAGACUCACAAUUAACGAAAGAACAUGAGUUUGUAGUCAACGCCAAGAAAGCAUUCAAGUCGAGUGAGUCAGUCAUACAUCAAGUGGUUCUUGACAUGUUCCCAAUGUUGAGACCAGUGUUAACUUACUUCAAUGCUGGAGCAAUUACCAACGACGUGGCAAACUUCUUCGAAACAGUGACGAGUGAAUCAUGCAAACUUCGCGAAGAGCAGGGAGACGACUUGGACACGUCUAAGAACAUUGACAUGUUGCAAUUAAUGCUAAAUGCACACAACGAAGCUCCAGAGCCAGCAGAUGACCUCAAUGGAAACGUCAAUGGAAACGGGCUUCACAACAUGAAACGCAAGAGGGCGCUAACAAACACCGAAGUCACAGCCCAGGCCAUACUCUUCUUCUUGGCAGGGUACGAGACAACGAGUUCCUUGCUCGGCUUUGCCUCGUACCUUCUCGCCCUCAACCCAGACGUACAAGAUAAACUCUAUGCUGAGAUCCAAGAUAAAGCCCCAAGUCGUGACGUCAUAGGCUAUGACGUAGUUAACAAGAUGACGUACCUCGAUAUGGUAAUUUGUGAGUCUCUGCGUGUCUACCCACCAAUUGGAAGAUUCGCACGCAUCUGUAACAAGACGUUUUCUUACAAUGGCCUGACCAUAGAGAAGGGAGUGACUGUGUUUAUGAACGUUUGGGGUAUACAUCGUGACGAGCAGUAUUGGCCGGAGCCAGACAAGUUUGAUCCGGAGAGAUUCAGUCCAGAGAGAAAACCGUUAAUCCAGGCUUGCACGUACGUGCCGUUCGGCUUUGGACCGCGUAACUGCAUUGGUAUGCGAUUUGCCUUGUUGGUGGCCAAGAUGGCGCUGGUCCGUGUGCUGCAGAAGUACCGCUUAGAUGUGUGUCCAGAAACAAAGAUUCCGCUCAAUCUUUGCGAGGCUACAUUCUCAGCUCCUAAAGACGGCAUCAAACUUCGAGCUGUCACCAGAAAAUAAUUAGAGCGAUCGAAAACACCAGCGAUCAACCUUUCUAUUGUUGAUAUACAAAUUGAGCUGGGUGGCAUGGGCGACCGGAUGCUAGUUAAACGUUCAAUUUGUGUUAAAGGUAGUGGACACUAUUGGUAAUUACUCAAAAUAAUUAUUGGCAUAAAACCUUACUUGGUGACGAGUAAU